AUGUACACAUUGCGAAUAAAUGCCUGUCCUUCUCACAGUCGAAUUUUUUUAUCUGCUUGUCUACAUACACAAAAUGUACUUGGUCCUAACACAAACACAUACAUUGGAAGAGUCACGUCACCAAUCCCAGCAAAUACAUAUACUCACGCACAUUCUCGUCAGAAGCCGCCAACCCUGCCCCCCCCGUCAUCAGCCAUCAGCUCCUACCUCCCCUCCCCUUUCCUUACCUUCCUCCUCCCCUCUCCGCCACCGCCACUCACGGCCCUCCCCACUGUCGACCUUUCCUACUUCACAAUUAUCUUCCUUCAUGUUAUUUACUCCUUACCCUUCCCUACUGCCCCACGCACCAGUAAUCUUCCCAGUCACCCCCCCCACCUUUCACCCAACCGCCAACCAACCCGGGUCACUGCCUGCCCCACCCCAAUCUUUUCUCUACCCCGUCAGUCUUCUCCGACAGCGCUCGCUGACUUUUCUUUUACUUCUUUCUUUCUUUCUAUUUUUUUCUUUCUUUCUUUUUUUUUCUUUCUUUUUUUUUUUUUGUCUUUUUUAUUUUCUUUCUUUUUUUCUUUUCUAAGCCGUGCGUUAUUUUAUUUGUUCAGCCCAGAAUCUUUCUCUUUCUGUCUAUCUUCUUUUUCAACACGCUUUUCUUUCCACUCUCGCCCUUUCUUUCUUUCAUUCUUUCUUUCUUUCUUUCUUUCUUUCUUUCUUUCUUUUGGCAGAAGUGAACGUAUUAGUGGAAUACAUUCUACAAUUUCACGCGAAUAUUAA